UCCGGACUGAAAAACUAACCACGAAAUUAAGUGCUGUAUUCAAUUAUCAACAAAGUUGAGAACCCCUGCUGACUGACUGUUUUUACCGACAAAAACGACCGUGGUGACAUCUCUGCUUAGCGUUUGCAACUAAACUCUAACGUUAGGCUAGGUUCUCGAGUCCUAGUGUUUUUUCGGACAAUCUCCACCCUACCCUUUAACACAUCGACCAACCACGCGUCUCGAUUUAAACGGCGCGUAAUCGGCUCUCUUUUGAAAUUCCUCUGAGCAGGAAAUUUUCUUCACUGGACUUAUUGGAGACACGGAGCUCGUGGACAAAAUUAAGAAUUUGUCAGCUACAUCAACGUACUUCGUUUUGAACUAAUUCUGCAAUUCUUCAAAAAAAAUGUGUGCGGCGAGAUUUUUCGUGUAAAAUAAUAAUGGUUCGUAAGAGGCAUAUAGCAUAGAACAUAGAAAGAUGGGAAUAACUCACUGCUGCAUGCUCACGGCCCACUACACACGGCUCAAGGCGCAAAGAAAGUGCCACUGGUGGCAGGCAUCCGAUGACUGAAAUGCGAAAGGCAUUGAGCUUGUGAUUGGUUUUUCCGUUCAGGUGCACAACAUUCUACAAGAAGAAUUAUUGUACUUCAAAUGAUAAAAAAUAGGAGCAACAACAGUAUAAAAAUAACAAAGUUGACAGGAAGAUAUUAUUUGAAAGGAUGUCCACCAAGUCCUCGGGGGAUUUGAGGGCCGAGUUGGCGGAACUCGUAAAACGCAAAGCAGAAAUAGCCGAUACCUUAGCCAAUUUAGAGCGCCAAAUAUACGCAUUCGAAGGAAGUUACCUUGAAGACACACAACUUUAUGGCAACAUAAUACGCGGCUGGGAUCGCUACUUGGCUAGCAAUAAAAAUACUAAUAGUAAAGCUGAUAAAAGAAAUAGGAAAUUCAAGGAAGCUGAGAGACUAUUUUCCAAGUCGUCCAUCACGUCUAUGGCUGCUGUUAGCGGCUUGGUGGAGAGUACGCAAGAAAAAAUUGAACGAUACAGUGAAUCGGAAUCGCAGCUUGGAAACAGCGGGAGCGAGGACAAUUGCAAUUUCGGCAAUUCUAACGUAGUAUCAUCGGGUAACAGUAAAGAAGCGACAGGCAAGAAUCACACAUCCAUACAAAGUGGUUAUUCGCAAAACAACGGUAAUAUUAGUAGCUCCGAGGGUAACGUACAAUUUACGAACGGACCGAUGUCGAAUGGAAAUUUGGAGCACGUUGCAAGCGCAACACCUGCCAAGGAUCCUCACACCAAUAGCAAAGAAUCAAACAAAAAUCGAUCGUCGACUAGCGCUAAAAAAAAUAGCAGUAAUAAGAGAUCGAGAAACAGAUAGAAAUGAUCCAUUUCAUCAUCGAUUUCUUCUUUCGAAAACCCCUGCAUUUUACUCUCUUAAUUUCCAUUUUUUAUUUCUCAUCCUACGCAACUUACCAUUCUUGGUGAUUUUUAAAAUUUAUUCUUAUGCAGACAGAGCUCUUCAUUCGUCGUGAUAUCGUGUUUCAGUUCUUGUUGAAAAAUUUCUCUGAAAAAUCGUAACUAGUACGUUUUUUCGUUCAAACGAAAACCAUUGGUCCAACGAUUUUUUUAAUCCAACGAAAAGUUGAGAACAAUCAAGAAACUAUGAUUUUUUAGAUUUUUCAGUAUUUUUCCAAUGAGUUCAUGUUCAAAGGAAGUACAUCGGCCAAAUAAAUGGCUACGGAAUUUCGUUUUCACAGUGAUAAUAACAUAAGAAAACUAACAAAUUCGAACUCAAUAUCAAGAUUAAUCUUCAGCGUAUAAUUUUAAAAGACUAACCAAUUGAAAAAGCAAAAAAUAUUAACAUCACGAAUUUGUCUGCGAAAUUUUAUAUUUAUAUUUUUUUAGUAAUCUCUCGACAAGAGUUUAAUCCUUUUUCGCAAAACAACCGUAUUGAGUAUUAUUAUUUAUAUGGUAGACCUGAUGAGUAGGAUAAGAUGAAAAACCUCGGUAUAGAUAAUGAACUAUUUUCAUGGAUAAUAUCAAAUUCUAUAGGGUGAAUUUGUUUUUGUUUGUUUCCACUUGUAGAUUAAAAGAUGAGAAUAGGAUUCUUUACGAUUAGCUUUGAUUUGAUUUUUAAAUGAAUAAUCAUUAAUUUAUAAUAAAACAAAACGAGCAAAUGAUAAUAAUCCAAUUCCUAGACAAGUCCUUCCGUAAUUUAUAGGAAAUAUUGAAUAGGAACAGAACGAUUUUUUAAUAAAAUUUCAUUCAUUUUCAUAAACAUUUAUAACGGUGUAGAGAGAAAAAAAAAACAAAGAAACUUGGUCGGUUCGGGAUUGAGAUAUACGACUCUUCUCGUAGAUACGACGUUCAUGAAUCUUCGAAAAACAUUGUAUUGAUCUGUUGGUACGUUUUAUAUAUAUAGAUCAAGAUUGUAUAAAAGGAGUAUUCAUUAUUAUUACAAAAAUAAUAAUAAUGAUUAAUAAUAAUAAUAAUAAUAAUAAUAAUAUUAACAUCAACAAACGUCGAUCUUCACAUCUGGCAUAUUAAGUGCGUUUUAAUCACGAAAUUCAUCUCAAGCUGUUAUCGUAUUUGAAAUAUUUGCUAGAAUAAACGAAUUAUUUCACGAGAAAA